AUGGCGGCAUCUUCUUCGCUCACGCUUUAUCGUCCAGGGCCAUCAAAUGCGCUGUCAACACGUUCAUACUCAACCUCGCUCAUCUCGUCGCGUCUGUUCAGCCAGCAGACUGGUACAGCAAUCGCGACUGAACUCCUCUAUCGUAUACUCAUCGACAUAAUCAACCGCUUCCUCUGUUCUUUCCAGCGCCUCGCUUCCCGUGGCAUCGACGAGGCCUCAUCCUGGAUGGAGCGCAAGCUGCAAGAGCGCCGCGACAACCUCAACGCUGCCAAGGCCAGUGCCAGAGAGGGUCUAAAGAUAGUUGAAGAGGUGGGCAAAUUAGUUGAAGACCGUGGCUUUCUAACUUGCCCAAUGACGGGUCAUGCCAUGGAUGCCACAGCAGAAGGCAAGAGGGAACUACCUGGGCCGCCACAGUGGAUCCGGGGAGUACUCGCUGGUAUCGAUGAAGGAAGGAUGGUAGAGAGAGACUUUUGGAUCCACACGCAUACCGGAUGA